ACAGCAGUUCGAACAUGAUGGCAUCUCCAGUGCUUGCUUUCUAUCUCACGUAUCUGUUGUUGGGGAGCGUGGCUCAGAUGACUAAUCUGAAAUUCUCCUCAUCUGUUUAUCAAGAGCAAGGUUUUGUGUCAGUUAGGACUGGGGACAACUUGACAUUGCGAUGUUUCUAUAACAACAAUAUUGCUGCAAGGUAUUACUGGUAUAAACAAACUCUGGGACAAAAACCAAAGCUCAUCUCCACCUUCUACAUUUAUGAUAAAAAUUUUACUUUUUAUGAUGAAUUCAAGAACAAUCCACGCUUCACACUGCAGACUGACAGUAAACAUCACUUGAUAAUCACAGAUUUGCACAUUUCAGACUCAGCUACUUACUACUGCAUGAACUGGUAUUUGUACAAGUUGGAAAUUUCAGACAGCAUUGUUGUCAGUGUAAAGGGUUCAGGUGUGAACAUCCCAGCUUUGGUCCAUCAGUCAGCAUCUGACACCAUCCAGCCAGGAGGCUCUGUGACUCUGAACUGUACAGUACACACUGGGACCUGUGAUGGAGAACACAGUGUUUACUGGUUCAAAAACUCUAAAGAACCUCAUCCAGGACUCAUUUACACCCAUGGAGGCAGGAAUGAUCAGUGUGAGAGGAAACCCGACACACAAACACACACCUGUGUCUAUAACCUGCCAAUGAAGAGCCUGAAUCUGUCUCAUGCUGGGAUCUACUACUGUGCUGUUGUCUCAUGUGGACACAUCGUGUUUGGAAACGGGACCAAGCUGGACUUUGAAGAUGAGGGUGACUGGGUGUAUUUCUGGAACGGAGCUUUGGCAUUCACCACCGCCCUCGCUGUUUUACUGGCUUUCUCACUGGCCCUGAUGAAUAAGUCAAACAGCUGCCAGUCUUCAGAGUCUCAAGCCGGAAGUUCAGCACCGUCCACAGCAAAUGCAGAGGGUUACCAAAACGCUGACAUCCUCUAUUAUGCUGCUUUAAGCGUAAACCUACCCAAGAGAUCAAGAAGACAGAGGGAUCAAACAUGGAGCGAGUGUGUGUACUACAGCAUAAAGCAGUAGACCUGCACUUAUUACAUUUGUACUUCUGAAUAAGAAAGGAUUUUCUGAAUGCCUCUUUUCAGG